CGGCUGGGAGUUGGCAGAACGUCAAACUAGCGACAUAUUACCAAACCUAGGUUAUAACGGACUGUACCAUUACGAGGAGCAACCGGGGUGUCCAAACAGAAGAAAAUUAAUUAAAGCUGGAUAAUAACAUUGAAACACUCACCUGAAUGAUACGGUUUUAGAUAAAAAUCGUACAACCCGUAUUAGUAAACCGUGAAUUGGUCCUGAAAUUCAAACCAAUCACAGGAGUGACUGCGGCAGCUGCCCUCUGAACACAAACUGAAGGAGACUAUGGCAAAGAAGCUGGUGAUCAUCGACACAGACUGCGGCAUAGAUGAUGCUCAGGCUAUAAUGAUGGCCCUGGCAGCGCCUAACAUUGAGAUCCUGGGCGUCACCUGUGUGUUUGGGAAUGCAGCAGUUGAGAAUGUGUGUCAGAAUGUUUUGAGGGUGCUCUCCAUCUGUGAGCGUGAGCAGAUCCCAGUGUUUCGAGGUUCUGGUGGUCCUCUGGUUGGAGCCAGUAACGCGGUCAGUGACCACUUUGGAACCGAUGGACUUGGGGAUGUGAUUGAGGACAGAGAUCCACGGUGGGAGGAUAAAAUCCAGAGAGAACAUGCAGUCAAUGCAAUGAUUAGACUGGUGUCUGAAAACCAGAAGCAGGUCUCCCUGGUGGCUCUCGGCCCGCUCACUAAUCUGGCACUGGCUCUCAGGCUGGAUCCGUGUUUCCCCCAAAAGCUCAAAGAUCUGUACAUUAUGGGUGGCAACAUGGAAGGGAAAGGAAAUGUGACACUAUGUGCAGAGUUUAACUUUGCAAUGGAUCCAGAGUCCGCCUAUAUCGUGCUAGAAGAAUUCCUCUGCCCUACACACCUGGCAUCGUGGGAAUAUUCAUGCAGAAAUGCACUGAAAUGGGAGUUUUUUGAAGAGUUGAUCAAUCAGGACGCACCCGCUGCACGCUUUAUGAAGACGAUAACCUCUAAAUGCUGGGCCUUCUCCAAAGAGGCCAUGGUGAAUAAGAGGGACGUGUACUUUGGGCCCGGAUUUGUCUCUUAUGAUGCUUACGCAAUGGCGGCCUGCAUCGAUGGCAGCAUUGUGACAGAGAGCAUUGAGUGCCCCGUCCGCGUGGAGCUGCAGGGUUCGAUCUGUCGCGGCAUGAUGGCACUAGAUCGCACAAAUCAGCUGAAAAAGAGCCACAGAGUAUUUGUUAUGACUAAAUGUGAUGUCGCCAAGUUCAGUCAGUUACUCAUGGAGUCCCUCAGACAACCCUGUAAAAAGUCAUCUUUAGUGCCUUGAUGGACAUGCUGAGUUGAUAUCAUGUAUGCACAUCUGAGUAAGGAGAAAAAAGAUAAUGUGCCACCCAGAAUCAAAUAGUUUUUGAUUAUAUUGAAUGAAAUCAUAAUCCUGUACUUAAAUUUGCUGACAAAUAGAGGUGAUGUACAAAAGACCAGUUUACUCUGAUGUACUGCAAGGCUUUGAUAUACUGUAUGCCUGUUGUCUUUCCUGGAUUGCUCAGAGUGGCUGUAAACAACUUAUUUGAAUUGAGACCGACUGAUGCCAGUACCUGAGGCUGCAAAAAGUCUCAUAAUGAGUAAAAUGUAGCAUAUUUUCUGUUUUUUAACAAGAAAGAUUAAUAACAACAAAAUUUCACAUGUGAAAAAAAAACUACCUCUGAUUUAGGACAGCAGUUUAUUCUGCAGAGGAGAAUCAAAGUAUAGUAUUAAAAUAUUCUCUUCGGUUGCAAAAAAAUGUAGUCUUUAAGUGCGACCGUGUUCAAAUUCUAAGAAAGAUAUUUAGUCUUGACUCCCAAAUUAUUUCAGAGAGCUGUACAGGUCUGUUCAGUCCGGUAGGAGUCACCAGCAGAGGCAGCAGCUACACGCUUUCCAUGUUUGGGAAAUAUGUGAUGAUAAGUUGAUAGAACACAGAAAGUCUUUGUCAGUGCCAACACUACCUGUACAUGAUGGAUUCAGCAUGAAUAUGAUCAAAUGUUUGCACAUUACUGUGAUCCUUCCUAAUGUUCACAUUAAACACAUCUUUGUUAAUUA